AUGGGUAAUUGCUCACAAAAACAGUCAUCGGGCUCAUCAUCACGUGGAUUUUUAGCCAACCUAUUUCACAAAGCUAACAUUGAUCCACAUGCUUUGGCACAAUCUUGUCCCCCGCCGGUAUGUUUUUGAGACACAUUGAAAUUUUGAGUUCUAGGCUGUGGACUAGAAAUCUAACAAAAAUCUAGGCCAAAGGAAUAAUGACUGAAAAAGUGUCAAAACAACACCUGUUUCGUUUGUUUUGCUAAACUUUUUAGAGCAAAACAAGUUUUUUAGUUUAUUGACGUAAAGAAAAAGCGGGGGUGUUCAAGGGGAAUAUUUGGAUGUUUUUUGGGUAGACGAAAUUUAAUGUUGAUUUUUGAGAAAUUUCACGCUUAUACGAUUUUCAUUGGGAUCUUUAGCGUGUCAAAUUAAAAUACAUCCACGUAGAUCACGAAUUUCCAAAAAAAAAAUGUCACUAACAUAAAAAUUCAAUUUUCAAAGGUUGGCGGUGAGAUGCCAUUAGGUGAAUGUACAGUACUCCGCGAUCGCGCUGCAAUGCGUUUUGACAGUCGACUUGUUUGUAAAUACGAAGUUUUGCAAGUACUCGGAAAAGGAAGUUUUUCACAAGUUCUUCGUGUAAAACACCGUGCAACUCGAAAAUGUUUUGCUGUCAAAGUUGUGUUGGCCGAUUGUGGAUCAGUGGAUAAUGAAUUGAAUAUUUUGAGCAGGUUAUCACAUCCUUAUGUUAUUCAACUUGAAGAGGUGCGAUUUUUGAAUUAUGUGUUUUGAGUAUAUUUUGAAUAUUUUGAACCUUCGGAAUCAGCGUCGGAUUUAGAAUUUUCGUGAUUCGAAAAGUUCCAUUUUAAAAAUACAUAAGAUCCACAUUUCAGGUCUUUAAAACCGCCUCAAAAUAUUUUAUCGUAAUGCAAAUGGCGUAUGGUGGAGAAAUGUAUGAUCGUGUGGUGGCAAAAGGAAGAUAUUCUGAAGAUGAAGCUCGGGCGGCACUGAAAAUGUUGUUAACUGGUUUAGCAUAUUUACAUUCGAUUCGGGUUACUCAUCGAGGUGAGUUAGAGAAUCAGGGUAAAACUAUUUUAAGCUAAAAAUUUGUGCGAGAACUGAUCUCCAGUUUUCGAAAUAUGAUCUAGAAACCCAUUUUCCAAUUCUAUCUCAUCGCUCAAAUUCCAAUCUAAAAUUGUUAAGAUUUGAGGCUAAAUUCAAAAAUUAUAGAUUUGAAACCUGAAAAUCUUCUCUACGCCGAUGCCCGACCCGAUGCUCGUCUUCUAAUUACCGAUUUUGGCCUAGCUUAUCAAGCCACCAAACCAAAUGAAACAAUGACUGAAACUUGUGGUACACCCGAAUAUAUUGCUCCAGAACUCUUGCUACGAGUACCAUAUACACAAAAGGUUUGUUUAUUCAAGCGAGUUGGAUUCCUGGGUGAAGAUGAUUUCUAUUUUUACGAUUUUCAGGUUGAUAUGUGGGCUGUUGGAGUUAUCGCAUAUAUCCUGAUGUCCGGAAUAAUGCCCUUUGAUGAUGAUUGCCGCAGUCGAUUAUAUACACAUAUUAUAACCGCUAAUUAUGUGUAUUAUCCACAGGUUUGUCGAGGAAAAUUUUGGAUUAAAUUACUUGGAAAAAUUGGGAAUUUCCAGAGAUUUUUGUUUUGAAAAAAAAACUCAAAAUUAAAACUCGUUUUUGAGUUGGUAUUUUUAAUAAAUUUUUACAGUUUUGGUCGGGUUCUGAACUCGCCAAACAAUUUGUCGAUUCAUUAUUGGAAACGAAUUCUGUGGAGAGAAUGAGUGCGACGGUGGCGUUGAAACAUGAAUGGAUGACUGGAGAAAGACAAGGACAAAGACCACCACCAACAAGACCACAAUCUGAAUAUAAUAGUAUGCAGAGAGUGAGUUUUUUUUUAAAUAUUUCUUGUUUAAAUUGAGUUUUGACGCGAAAAUUCCACAUGGAUUUUGGGGGUAGUAUCGAUGUGGGCAUACUUAGUUUUUUUUUGAGUCACAAAAAGUUGGCACUUCUUUUUUUGGAAAACCGAUUUUGAAAUAUUUUCUAGAAAUUGGAAAAAAACUUAUCCUAGAUUCACGUGGAUUUUUUGUUUAAGUUUUGUAUUGAAAGAUGAAAUCUGAUAUGAUACAAUAAAAUUUUGCCCUGAAACUGUCUAAAAACAAAGAAAAUGUUGUCUUUUUUAAAAAUAUCGGCCUGAAAAUCAGCUUGUGGAAAAUAUACUGUAAUUUCAAACGGUUAAAAUCCACGUGGAAAAAAAAAGAAAUUUCAGCUCGAACAUUGAAUCACGAAAUCCACGUAUAUUUUGACUUUAAUUUCUCAAGCUUUAGAAGUGAAAUCCACAGAAAUGAAAAUUCCCCGUUUUUACCCUAAAAUUCCAAAUACGUUCCAGACCAAAUCAACUCGCUCAAUUCGUUCGGUAACCCGAUCUGAUCACGGUCAUCGAGUCGAUCCGAGAGAAGUUGACGAACUCGCCAAUGAUUUGAAACGAGUCGCUCAAACUACCAAAAACUAUGGAGUUUUCUAA